AUGCGUCGCUUCCUACUUCUUCUUUCGCUUUUAUUCGUCGAUUGUCUCGGGUCGAUAAGUGCAGGUAAGCUUCUACUUUUUGUCGCCUUCUCGUGGAGGUCUUGUGUACUCGUACGAGUUACUGAACCUAGAAAUCAAUACUAAUACUAUUUGCCCAUCGAAUCAAAGGCGCCGAGAAGAUUAUCAUAAUAUCUGUUUGACCGGACGUGUAUUUGCUUUCAGACAACACGUUCAAGGACCGGAAUAUUGGCGAGUUCCGCGAACUUCUCAUCGACACAAAAGCCGGCGCGCUUUUUGUCGGAUCCGAAGGCGCCGUCUUCCGGUUAUGGGCGUACAACGUGAACGACACCGGCGAGAAUGUGUUCGCGAAAAAGCAAUUGGUGCUCAGCGACUCCGAAGAGUCGGAGUGUCGUUCCACGGCGAGCGAUGAGCGUCUGUGUCGCCCGUCGACCCGAUUCCUCGCGUUCACCAACAACCUCGACUCGAUCUACGUUUGCUCUUCUGUCGGAAUGCGUCCGGAAAUCCGUGUAUUGGACUCGGUUUCUCUCCAAGACCAACAAGAACCGAGAACCGAAAUAGGAAUCUGUGUGGUUGACCCGACUUUUAACUCGACUGCAGUCGUCGUCGAUAACGGAAAUCCGGAAGACGCGGUGUCGGUGUACUCGGGCAUCCGAACGGGUAUGGGCGGUGAGAACCAUCUCAUCUACCGACCGCCGUUGACGAAGGCAGGAAAGCAGUUGCACGCAAGCAUCCGGACCAUCUACUCUGACAACAAAUGGCUCAACGAGCCCCAAUUCGUCGGCUCCUUUGAUGUCGGUCAACACGUUCUGUUCUUCUUCCGCGAAAUUGCGCAUGACAACUCGUUCGGCGAGCGGAUCGUGCACAGUCGUGUCGCGAGAGUGUGCAAAAAGGAUAUCGGCGGCAGAAAUGUCCUUCGGCAGGUGUGGACUUCUUUCGUGAAGGCCAGACUCAACUGCUCGGUUUCUGCCAACUUCCCCUUCUAUUUCGAUCAUAUUCGUGAGUCAUCUAGCGUUUUCUCGAUUCAUAAACAGUGUGAACUAUUUCAGAAUCUGUGAAGCGAGUCGAUAAGCACGGCGAGACGUUCUUCUACGCCACCUUCAGUACUUCUGAGACGGCGUUCACGUCUUCGGCCAUUUGCAUGUUCCAACUCUCCUCCAUCAAUCAUCUUCUGGACACUGGACUUCUGAUGGAGGAGACUGCGAACGGUCAGUUCUCCGUGACAGCCGAAGAGAUUCCAGCACACCGCCCGGGAACUUGUUCCUCGAACUCUCACAGCAUUUCGGAUACCGACCUUCAUUUCGCCAAAACCCAUCUUCUGGUCGCUGAUUCCGUUUCUGGAGGCUCUCCAAUCCUGUCGCUCCGCGACUUUGUCUACACUCACAUCGUCGUCGACGUCCUUCAGAAUCAGAACGUCAUCUUUGCGUUUGACAGUGCGAGACGGCAAAUGUGGAAGGUUUCGCAUUGGAAAGAAGGAAACGAAUGGAAGUGGAAUCUCAUUGAGCAGCAGAAACUUUCCGUCGACUCUAAGAUCAAUGACGUGGCUCUUCUGCCCUCGGAAUUCUUCUUUGCAUCUUCUAAAUCCGGAGUGUCGCAGUUCUCAGUCGCCAGAUGCGAGUACCUCCCGUCCUGCGCCCUCUGCUCUCUUGAUCCCUACUGUAGCUGGAAUGCGGUCAACUCGAAGUGUGCUCUUAAAACGAAAACACACGAGAAGUCGGUCGGAUGGAUAAGUGGAUCAUGGGCGGGACGCAUCUCUCCGGAAUGUAGUGCCGUCGAGAAGUUGACCGUGAAGGACGUAUACCUCGGCGACGGAAUCAAACUGGACGGAGCCAGAGACGGCACGUGGCAGAAGGACGGAGUGGAAGUCGAGAGUUCCGGGCGGCACAUUAUCACUUCUCAGGGAGAACUCAUAAUUCUCGACGUUAUGUCUUCCGAUUCGGGCACCUAUGAAUGCGUCAGAAGGAACACGAUAGUGAUGCGAUCCAGAAUUGCUGUUCAUGGUAAGCACACACUAUUUUCCCAUUUUCUUCAGCUCAAAGUCAACCUCUUCCAGAAAACUGUGCCCGCCCCACAAGUGUGUCCGAAUAUCGUUCGUGCCAACGAGAAUGGUGCAAGAAGGCGGACGCCUACAAAGCCGCUCUCAACAUCUGGAGCGAUGGAAACAAGAAAAAUGUACAGUGCAAGGCAAACCAAUCGAAAGUGCUGUAG